UCUGUCUCAUUUUGAUGACGUCAGAAAAUUGCGUAAAUAACUUGGGACGGAGUUGCUAAACACUGCCACGAGUGAACUUGCCCGAUUUUACAGAUUUAAACCUGGUUGUAGUCAUUUAAAAGCCGUUAUGGCUUCAGGGGAAGGAUUUAAGGUAUCAUCUUUGAAAGACAAAGUGACUUUGAUCACAGGUGCCAGCUCGGGCAUCGGGGCAGGGACAAGCAUCAUGUUCGCUAAACUUGGUGCCUUGCUCGCAUUGAACGGGCGCGACGUGGAAAACCUCACCAACAUAGCAAAACAGUGCACGGACCUGGGUGCUGCGGAGCCCUUGCUUGUACCAGGGGACCUGACCAACGAGGACACCGUAAAGAAGACAGUGGAACUGACCAUUGCCCACUUUGGCCGGCUGGAUGUGCUGAUCAAUAGCGCUGGCAUUCUGGCCAUGGGCAGCAUUGAGACAGGUGACCUGGCUCAGUAUGACAAGGUCAUGAACGUCAAUGUCAGAUCAGUGUACCAUCUGACUCAGCUGUGUGUGCCCCACCUCAUCAGGACUAAGGGUUCUAUUGUCAAUGUGUCCAGUGUCAACGGGCAACGAUCAUUCCCAGGUGUCCUUGCCUAUUGUAUGUCCAAGUCCGCUAUUGACCAAUUCACACGAUGCAUAGCACUUGAGCUAGCGUCGAAGCAGGUGCGAGUGAACUCUGUCUGUCCUGGUGUGAUCAUAACAGAUGUCCACAGGAGAGCAGGCCUGGAUGAGGAGCAAUAUGCUCAGUUCCUUGAGAAGUGUAAGCAGACCCACGCCCUGGGGAGACCAGGUGAGGUGGAGGAGGUGGCCCAUGCCAUAGCCUUCCUGGCGUCAGAUGCUGCCACCUUCAUUACCGGGGUCAACCUACCUGUGGAUGGGGGGCGCCACGCCAUGUGUCCAAGAUAAUAUCCUGUGACAUGAUCAUUGACUGGCAGCCAAUACAAACCUGAAAUGUCUCCCUUGGUUUGUGUCAUUUAAAAAAUAUAUAUUUUGAAUCUAGACAGACAGAAUAUAAUGAAAUGUAUAGUAUGCCCUACUAUGCUAUAAAAGUGAAAUCAUGUCAAGA